GCGGCGACUAUGGCCACCGCCAGCUGCCUGCAUAUGGAACAUGAGACUGAAAAUAAUAACUCAGAAUGUUCCUGAAGAAGAAAGUGUUUCCUUUGAGGUAGAAAUGGAAGGAUUUACAAGAGAGGGUCCCUGCUUCCCCACUGUAGGUGACAAUUGGGACUGUGAGAACCAGGAAAGAAAUGUGAGGCAAUCUCCUUUAAUUGAUGAAAAAACAGAGGCUCAGGAAGCAAAUUGUGACCAUCUUAAUUUGGGGGAACAUUUGAGUACAAACUCAGCCCUUCUACCAUCUCAGAGGGUUCCUUCGACAAAUGGCUUCCAUGUUCAUAACUCAGAUAUUAAAACUUUUGAUCGUGACCAAAGCUUGCAAUGUCCUCAGAGUUAUACAGUUAAGGGAACUGGUGAUACCGACGCUUGUGAAAAAGCUGCCCAACCUUCUGUGGAAGUCACUCAACUUGUAAGAAACCAAACGAGAGAUAAGCCCUAUAAAUAUGCAGAAAGUAUUAAAUCUUUAAACCACUUUACCACUGCCCUUUGUGAUAAGAAAAUUAGGAAAAGAAGCAAGAAAUUUUACAAAGGUAAGGACUUUGGGGACAUCUUAGCCCUAAGCUCAUCUCUUAAUGAAAAAAGAAGUCACUCUACUGAGAAACCCUAUAAAUGUGCUGACUGUGGCAAAUGCUUCAAACGGAACUCUUCUCUUGUUUUACACCACCGAACUCACACUGGUGAGAAACCUUAUACCUGUAAUGAUUGUGGAAAAUCAUUCUCCAAAAACUAUAACUUGAUUGUACAUCGAAGGAUUCAUACAGGAGAGAAGCCCUAUAAAUGCAGUAAGUGUGGGAAAGCUUUCAGUGAUGGAUCAGCUCUGACGCAACACCAGAGGAUUCACACAGGUGAGAAGCCUUAUGCAUGUCUAGAUUGUGGAAAAACUUUCAACAGAAAUUCAUCCCUGAUUUUGCAUCAAAGAACUCAUACAGGGGAAAAACCAUAUAGAUGUAAUGAAUGUGGGAAACCCUUCACUGACAUCUCUCACCUUACUGUGCAUCUCAGAAUCCACACCGGUGAGAAGCCCUACGAGUGUAGCAGAUGUGGAAAGGCUUUCCGAGAUGGCUCAUACCUCACUCAGCAUGAGAGGACACACACUGGAGAGAAGCCUUUUGAAUGUGUAGAGUGUGGGAAAUCCUUCAGUCGCAACUCUCACCUCAUUGUGCAUCAGAAAAUUCAUUCUGGGGAGAAACCCUAUGAAUGUAAAGAGUGUGGGAAAACUUUCAUUGAAAGUGCCUAUCUUAUCAGGCAUCAGAGGAUUCACACUGGUGAGAAGCCUUAUGGUUGUAACCAGUGUCGUAAACUCUUCAGGAACAUUGCUGGACUUAUCCGGCACCAGAGAAUUCAUACUGGUGAAAGGCCUUAUGAGUGUAAUCAGUGUGGUAAAGCUUUUAGGGAUAGCUCCUGUCUGACCAAGCACCAGAGGAUUCACACUAAGGAGACUCCGUACCAGUGCCUGAAGUGUGGAAAGUCCUUCAGGCAGAACACUCACCUGGUAGUACAUCAGAGACUUCAUAACAGAGAGGGUCCCAGCCAGUGUCCUCACUGUGGGAAAGUAUUUAGAAGGAGCUGGUGUCUUGCCCGACAUCAGAGAACACACCUUGAAGAGCAGCCCGUGGAAACAUAAUGGACAUGGGCCCUACGUUUCCUGAGUGAACAAAGGAUUUGUCUUCAGAUGUGACUUCCCUUGCUAACAGAAAAGAAUUCUUUAUAAAAAAAAAAAUUGAAUACGAGAUAUUCUAGAAUUGUGUUUAUACUGUUAUUAGGGAACUCCUGAAGAGAGGAUUGAAUGGUAAUCAGUGUAGUAAAGGCUUCAGGGAUGAUUCAGCCUAUACCAAACAUGUAGUGCAUACACUGAGGUAAAGCACCUGUCAGUAAGGAAGGCAUUUUCCAGAGAUACCUAUUUACCUUUACGUCAGGCUCCUGAAAUUGGAAAGAACCUGUGAAUUCAUUCAGUGGGUAGUCAGUAGGAGACAUCUUUAAUAGUAUUACCUUAUUAUAUACAAGCAAAUGCUUAUUAGAGUCAGAGCUUGUAAAUGUUAUUUGGAAGCGAUACUUUUGUCAGGAGUUUUUACUGUCCUGCUUCUGCAAAGGCACAGUGGUGGGAUGUCUCACACAGAGCCCUACAAACUACCACAGGACAUGACUGGGUUUGCUGUUUGAAUGCAGAUCUGUUUUAUGGUCCGGCCAGAACACAGAUGACUCAUUUAAUGAGGUGAAACUGGAUAUAGGAGUUGCUUGUGAUUGAAAUGAAGUUGCCCCUCUUAAGACUAAAAUACUCUCCAUGAUGGAAAGGGCUGCUUCUAUUGAAAUAGAAUCCAUUGCUUUAGGUGUUGAACAAGAAAAUACUGAAUUGUAUUUCAGUUAUCACCUGCCUUCACCAUUGUUGAUCAUUUCUGAUAUUAAUUUGUGUAGAGUUCAGGUCCUUUGAAGCAAAAUCCAAAGGUUUCAUUACCAUCCUAAAAAUACGUAGAUCAUUGAAAUAGAAGGCAUAAAAGUAGGUUUAUCGUUAUUACAAUCGUGUAAGCAUGUUCAUCUUUGGUUAUAGGAUAGCAUUGGAUGAUGGAAUUAAGUGGCUUCUUAGGAGACUACAAUUGUUCUUUUCCUUUUUAUUUAU